AUGGAGAAAAAACCGAAAUGCCAAAUAGCAAGGACCAAGCCGUCGAUUGAAAACGUCAUACCAUACAACCAAUUCAAGAAAACACAGCCGCGAUUCAACGGCAACUUUUCCUCCUUGACCAACGAUGAGGAAUACGUAAUACUGUUUGGCGGAGGUCGAGACUUGGUUCUAGGCUCUUUGACGCCCUGCGCGAGCUCCCAUUUGACCAACCAAGCCGGCUCUCAGGACCCCAGCGAAUACGGGACAGACCUCUUUAUUCUCAACAGCUGCAUUGUCAUCUGGUUCAAUGGGCUGGGCUACGGGCUAGAAAUACCAUACAGCAGCGUUCUGUACCAUGCAUCGAGACGACUGCCGGAGGGAAGAGACGGGCUUCGACUAGAGGUUUUGCUGACUUUGGAAAGAGACGAAGUGUUGGACAUGCUAUACCAAAGCCUCGCGCCAAACACCAGCGAAUUCGGCGAGGACGAAGACGAGGCCCACAAUUUGGCCUUCACCAUGCAGAGCGUGGAGCUGACCAUCAGGCCCGAAUACUCGAUAUACGAUCGGCAUUACAACAACGAAAUCGAAACACUUUUCACCUUCGAGAACUUCGGCGUGAACAGGGGCGAUGACCUGGUGAACAACUGUAAUGAAGCGCUAGCCGUAUGCAUGGACCUGCACGGGACCGACGCGGGAGACCAAGAUCAAGAACAAGAUCAAGACCUCGGCCUGGGGCUUGAGGGUGCGCUCGAGUCCAACGCCACGUACGCUGGGCUUGGAGACACCCUCCAUGGACCGCCAGUGUUCCAGAACGAUGGCCUGGCAGACGAUCUAGACGGGGAUCUCGUUAUGGACAACGUGGUCUCUAGGGGCGGUCCAGAAGCCAGCAUGUCUAUGGAGUUCUACGCAAAUCAAAACCUGACUGGCACGAAGAACGCAAGAGACGAAUGA